AUGAAUAAAUAAAAGCUUAAUUACCAUUUGAGGACAGUUAACGACUUAAAUUUAAACACUAUUUCAGAUUAAACUCAAUCAUUUAUAUUGAAGGAUUCUCAAAUUAUGAAAUUGACAACAUAAAUUGAUUAAUAGAAUCAAAGAAUCAAUAGAUUAAUAAAAACAAUUGAUGACUCUAGAUAAGAAUAAAAUAAAAAAUUUAAUCACCAUUUUUAAGAACUAUUCAAGUCUAAUACCAAAUAAUACAAUCAAGAAAUUCUAAAGGAAUUAUCUGGUUUAAAAUAGCAAUUUCUUAAAAUUGAGGAAACGUAGCCAUAAAAAGCUACUAAAUAGAAAUCUCAUUAUUAAUCACAUUUACCUCCAUUAUAGUCCUCCUACUUUGAAUAAUAAAAUUCAGAAAAAAAAGAUCAAAAUCUUUAUAAAUAAACAUAAGAGAUAAAAAAUAGAGGAAUGAAGAGUUCAUCAAUAGAUGAAAAAGAAAUCUAAGAUUUUAAUUAAUAAAUUUAGCCAAAAAAACAAUCUCAUAGUGUUCAUAAAAAGUCUAAACCAAAUCAGUCUAAAACCAAUUAUACUAAAACUGAAGUAUCCCCUCCUUCAUCAUCAAAAAGAAAGAUAUAAAUUAUGUCAAGGUAAAAACAAAGAACAUAAAAACUUUAUAAUAGUGAUAAUUUUCAGCAAUUUUAAGAUCCUCUUAUGAUUACCACUAAAUAACCUUUUGAAUAUGAUAAAUUAACAACAAAAUCUUAAAAAAAAAAAUAGUUUAAUUUAAAAAAAGCAAGGUACUUGUUAAGAAGAUUUAAAGCUGUAUCAAUAUGUGUUUGGCUAUCUUUAACAUUGUUUAAAUACUGCAAAAAGAUUUGGCAUGAAAAUUAUAUGAUUUUUAAAGAUUGGUCAUAAGAAUUGAUUGGUCGUUUCGAUUCUUAGUUUGUAAGUUUCUAUUAUGUAAUUUAGAGAAUUAUUAAUUUGUUGUAGAUAAGUUUUAUAAAGAAUGUAUGA